GCCCUUUAUUUCCCAUAUGAGAAAAUCCAAACCCGAGAUCAGGAAAUUUAGCUAUAGCACAUUGGUAGCGGCAGACCCACGGAAACUCUUUAUCUUUUGUAUUGUAGUCCAACGCAAGUUUCCUUCUAUUUUGGGAAGAUGGCUUGGUUUCUCCUGACUCUUAAAAAAACAAAAACGAAAGCGAGCAAGCAAGCAUUCCCUAUGCUCAGAAGUCCAGUGGUGGGCACCAUGUGACCGUCUUUGGGGAGACAGGCUAUCCUCUCCCUUCAGGUCCUGGUUCUUCCGAGAUCAGGUGUGUUCUCUAAUUUUCCACUACUCCUCUUCCGAGACGGACUCAUUCUGAACCUACACUGAGCAGAGCCACACAGCACCUGUGGUCUCCUACUUUAGCACGCGGAGAAGGGAAAGCACAGAGCUGCUUUCUGGUCCUGAUUGAUGAUUUUUUUAAAAUCAUUUUAUUUACUUUUUUACUCCUAAAUAAACACCAAUCCGUGUUCCGCGGCUCUUUUAGUCAGAGACGCUAUUGCGCCCCUUCAGGGAAGAAGGUACGUUGCAAGGCUUCUCUUAGGAUACGCUCUUUUCCUUUAAAGCCAAAUCUUGGAAAGCGGCGGCCUGGAUCGUACCAUUCCGUACAAACAGGCGGAGAAGCGUCGGGACCCAGGAGAGGCACAGCCCUUGAUGCGUCAGAGCCGGCUCAAGGACUAGGCCGCGCUAGGUUGACGACGGGAGCUUGAUCUGCACGUGUUCUGAAAGUAAAGACUUGUCUGCUCUUCCCUACCUCUCCUCCGGCAGCUCCCCACGUCUUCCUCACCCCCACCUCAGGCAUCCCAUCGUCCCGUCCCGGGGAGGAAGUAGUUGCAAAAUCAUUCCAAAUCAAUCGCCUCCUCUGUCCCGAUGAGCCGCAUCUAUCACGACAGCGCCCUCCGGAACAAGGCAGUGCACAGCACUCGGCUGCCCGGUUCUUGGGACCCGGCUGCGCACCAGCGGGGAAAUGGCAUUCUUCUGGAGGGAGAACUGGUUGAUGUCUCUCGUCAUAACAUCUCAGAUGCUAGUGGCAAAAAGGAGCGUUACUAUGUGCUGUACAUCAGACCCAGCCGCAUCCAUCGCCGCAAAUUCGACUGCAAAGGGAACGAGAUAGAACCCAACUUCAGCAACACCAGGAAGGUGAACACGGGCUUCCUCAUGUCCUCGUACAAGGUGGAAGCCAAAGGUGACACGGACAGGCUCUCGCCCACGGAGUUGAAGGGACUGGUGGAAAAGCCAGAGCUGGUGGCGGUGACAAAAUGCCACACUCCAGACCAGGCACUAGCCUUUUGGAUUCCAGAGAUGGAGAUGGAGAAGAUUGAACUAGAGCUAGGUGCAGAACUUCGUCUGAAAACCCGGGGUGAUGGUCCUUUUAUAGGCUCUCUAGCAAAACUUGAGGCUGGAACAGUGACAAAGUGUAAUUUUGCUGGUGAUAGGCAGACAGGAGCAUCCUGGACAGAUAAUAUCAUGGCACAAAAAUCCUCAGAAGGAGUAGCCUCAGAGCUUCGAGGCCAAGGAGAUGGGGCCGAGGAUGACGAGUGGGAUGACUGAAAAUAGCAGGAAGAGGAACAUCUUGGUGACCACUCUCAGGAUGCAGCUUCUUUUGAAUACCUUCACUCUAAUUUCAUGUUUGAUGCUUCUUAUGGAACAGCAGCGGUAGAAAGGGAAGAUGUCAUCACCUCCUCUUAGCCGGAGUUGGAAUACACUUCAGACGGCCCAUCUCUGCUAAUAUCCCAUUGUGGCUCCUGAAGGAUCUGGACUCAAGACCUGUUCUUAGAAUUUUCCCAUGUUUAGGUGUCAUCCAGGAAAAGGACUCCAUUUCCUCAUUUGGGUGGUUUAAGAACCUUCUUGGAAUGUAACCUUUGAAAUGAAUUGGAGUUAUAUAUGACUACGCUUGGAGGAAACAAAAAUGAUUCAUUCAGCUGAGUCAGUGGCUCGUAGAAAGAAGUUGGUGAAUUCCCUGCUGAUCAUUUUGGCUUUUAACUUCUUGCAUGAGUUCCUGAAAAACUGAGUUUGGAUAUAAGUUCUGUCCCUUUUUGUGCCCCUUCCUUAUGGCCUUGAACAGAUUCAACUACUCUCUUUCACAGCUCCACCCCCUUUUUAUCUGUCUUGGCAAUGCAGCCAUAUUUCCAUUUACACUGUAACCUUCAUCCCCAAUUCCACCUUGUUCCUCUGAUAAUUGUCCCCUCACUACAGCUGGCUAUAUUAAUCAACAUCUCCCGAUUCCAAGAUGUCUUGGAUUGACCACCACUAAUUGAGUAAUUGAUGGGAAGAACCAAAGAGAUAGAGUUAUCCAUCUCUACAGGUGUAUCUAAUUAUUCUAUUACUCUAAAACUAAUCCUACCAGUCUAGAAUGUUUUGUUUUGUAAUGUAAUUUAUACUUCUUUUAUAACAGCUAAUUUUAUCAGUGGUUUUUGUCAAUUAUUAAAUUUCUGGAGGUGGAAGAACAUAAAACAACUCUCUGAUUUAAGUAUGUGAUUCCUAGUUUGAAUCAGGUCAGCUUACUGUGUGCCAAGAACUUUAUUAAUCUUUCCAAGUUUCAGGAUGCUCUUCAUUGAAAGUAAUUUCUAAGCAUUGGUAAUAUGUAAUGAAAAACAGAAUCUGAAGUAGUUGAAAUCUACCUUUCCCAAAAAAGGAGUGGACCCAGGUGGGGCCUUGAAGACCUCUGUAACUUAAUUUCUAAACUGAACAACCUAAGAAUAUCAGGCAGUCAGCAAGCAUUUAUUGAAUACCUAUUUUGUGCUAGGUGUUAUAUUAGGGGAAAGAUAAAAAGACAAACUGGUGACUCUAUUAUCUUUCCCUAGAUUGGAUAGUAACUGAACUUUUAUUUCAUCGCUUGGUUCUGCCAGUAAGCAUUUAUUAAGCACUUACUAUAUGUCAGGCACUGUGUUAAGUACUGGCAGUACAACGAAAGGCAAGUCCUAAAGGAAAAGAGUUUAAAAAUAAUGUAUUUAUCUUGAAGAUUUUCUGGUCAGUAUCAUUUUUCAGAUGGACACCUAGAAAACUUCUAGUUGCUCAUGAUGGAAGCCUAUUUUUCCGUAUUCCAGGGAUCUUGAAAUAGCAUCACUGAUGGAUUAAAUCCUCUAACAUUAUUUUCUUCCAGAGGGGAAAGAAAUAAACAUUGUAAAGUUCCUACUA